CCUCCGUCACCGAACCCGCUGUCUCCCACCCCCUCCCCUGCACUCUCCUCCUCUCUUCUCACUCCCCUCCUGUAUUUCUACCCUUUUCUCUCUCCAUUUCACUCCUUUCUCCCUUUCAUCCCUUCUCCCAUCGCUCAGCCCCUCAUUCUCAUUCUCUGCCGCCUCUCCUGCGCCGGGUGCCCAUUGGUUGUCAGGAUCCGUCCCCCACCAGCUGCCACCCCUCUCCAUCUGCCGCCCCUGGCCGCCAAGCCCCCCUCUCUGCAGAUUGACGGUGGACCAGGGGAUUUGUUGGGGUCCUCAGAGCCACUGAUGUGGGGCUGAGGGUCCUGGCACCCCUGGAUGGCCACGGCCACGAGUGGGCCCUGGGGGUGAGGAGGAGACGUCCCGCAGCAGUCAGGGAUGGAGCGAUGGGCAGGUCCAAGGAAGAAGGACUUGUGGCUCUGCUGAUAGGAUAUUUUAGACUCCCUCCCUUCUGGGACUGCUUUCCUUUAAAAAGGGGAAGGGGAAAACUAUGACACGGAUUCUCACGGUGAAGCAGAGGAAAAUGUGCAUUCCAACGACACAUUGCUAAUUGAUCCUGCAGGGAGACUUUCCUCACCUUCUUUUCUGCUUCUGCUAUGGACACUUCUGCUUUCAGCCUCCCCACGCCAACAGUGUCAGAGGAGGGGAAUGCCUCUGAUAGCUGGGCAGGCUUCAUCAGCCCCAACAGCUCCACCACCACCACCAGCCCUGGUGUGGUUGUCAGCGGUGUCCUCAUCCCCGUGGUUUACCUCAUCGUCUGUGUGGUGGGGCUAAUUGGAAAUUCUCUGGUCAUUUACGUGGUUUUGCGACACUCUGUGAGUGAAUCAGUGACCAAUGUCUACAUCUUGAACCUGGCCCUAGCUGAUGAACUCUUCAUGCUGGGUCUGCCAUUUCUGGCAGCACAAAAUGCCCUAUCCUACUGGCCAUUUGGGUCCUUCAUGUGCCGCUUGGUGAUGGCCGUGGAUGCCAUCAACCAGUUCACCAGCAUCUUCUGCCUGACAGUGAUGAGUGUUGAUCGCUACCUGGCUGUGGUCCAUCCUGGGAAGUCCUCCAAAUGGCGAACAGCACGAGUGGCCAAGGCUGUGAGUGCCACUGUGUGGAUGCUGUCGUCCAUAGUGGUGCUGCCCGUGGUGGUCUUCUCAGAUGUUCCUUUAGGUAUGAGCACAUGCCACAUCCAAUGGCCAGAACCUGCCUCAGUUUGGCGAGCUGGAUUCAUCAUUUACACUGCCACUUUGGGCUUCUUCGGGCCACUGCUGGUGAUUUGUCUCUGCUAUCUUCUCAUUGUUGUGAAGGUCCGUUCUUCCAGCAGAAGGGUGAGGGCUCUGUCCUCUAAACAUAAGCUUUCAGAGCGCAGGGUGACUCGCAUGGUGGUGACUGUUGUGGCUGUCUUCGUCCUCUGCUGGCUCCCCUUCUACGUCCUCAACAUAAUCAAUGUUGUUUGUCCACUGCCAGAGGAGCCGUCCCUCUUUGGUGUCUAUUUCCUUGUGGUGGUGCUGCCAUACGCCAAUAGCUGUGCCAACCCUAUCAUCUAUGGCUUCCUCUCCUACCGCUUCAAGCAAGGCUUCCGAAGGGCCAUCUUCAGGCAGUCUCGCCGUGUCCAGAGCCAGGAAGUGCCAGAAUGUCCCCCAGAAAAGUCUGAUGAUGAAGGAGAAGAAAAGGAGAUCAGCAAGAUCACCCAGAAUGGCAAUGACAGACAGGAGCGCCCUCUAAGCAGCAGGGCAGGAGAAAGCAAUGGGCAAAAACCGCUCCCUGAGGAGACUAUGGGCUGUGAGAAGAGCAGCAAGCUACAUGUCAGCUAUUUAUGAUGGAAGGGAUGGUGCAGGGGAAAGAGACUGGGACAUGGGAUCCCUCUGUGCUAUCCUAUCUCAGAGACAAUGUGAGAAGUUGAUACAAGGCAAUAUUACAGAUUAUGCUUCAAGAUGAAGAGAGCUCCAUCAGCUUGUGGAAAAAAAUCCAAAGCAUUGUACUUGGCUUUGGAAGGGACACCUAAGUAUUGUGUGGCAAGAAGUAAAGGAAGGGCUGAAUCUAGGGAGAGCAGAACAGGAUAUGGGAACAGGCAGUAUGGAGAGAGCAAGGUCUGUCCUAUGCUGCAUGAUUCACCUUUGAUCACCCACCUAUGAAGAGCAUCAGCUACUAUGUGACUGGCACUUCAAGGGAAUGCUCAAAAAGGUAUAAGUGAUGUGUGCCUCUGAAGAUCUACAACACGCAUCCCAGUGUCUUGGUUGUCUUCCUGUGGACAUGAGAAGCUGUUUAUCCUGGAGUAAGAACAAGAAGAAAAAAUCUCUGCAGCUAAGACCCACCAGCAGCCUGUUGCAUGAAUGGCUGACUUCUUUUCAGCUCUUCAGAAAGUCUUAGGGACAACUUACCCCCUCACUGGUCCUGGCUGGAGACCACUCAAUAAUGAGAAUUACACAGCAGUGCAAAUGGGACAUUUCUUUCCCAAACUCUACAAACUUCAAGCUUUUCUGGUGACUGCACCCUGAUAGAAGACAUAACGAGUAGAAAAUAAGCCAGUGAGGCAUGGGUUAGAGGCAUGUUUCUUAUAAACUGAACUGCCUUUUCUCUUUUUCUCUCCCUCAGCCUGGCUGUAAAUAAACAAAAUG